GGGGGCGGGACUUAGGCCGGAGCAACGCAUAUUAGUGUCGUCUUCGCCGUCACGGCCGGCGUCUCUUCCUGAAUUCAUUCAUUCAUUUUUUUUUUUUUUUUUAUAAAAACCACCCCCACCCCCGUCCUCCCGGCUCUUCAUUCUCGGAGGUUGUGAGGCCCGGUGGAGAGCCAUGGAAGUUAUUCUCCCCGCCGCGGGUUUCCUGUACUGGAUGGGCGCCGGCACCGUGGCCUACCUGGCGCUGCGCGUCUCGUGCUCGCUCUUCUCGGCCCUGCGGCUCUGGGCUCUGGACCACGAGGCGGGGGUCGGACCCAAGCUCGGAGAAUGGGCAGUUGUCACAGGUAGUACUGAUGGAAUUGGAAAAUCAUACGCAGAGGAGUUAGCAAAAUGCGGGAUGAAGGUCGUGCUCAUCAGCAGAUCACAGGAGAAACUGAACCAGGUUUCCAGUGAAAUAAGAGAGAAAUUCAAAGUGGAGACGAAAACCAUUUCUGUUGAUUUUUCAUCAGAAGAUAUUUACGAUAAAAUUAAGACAAGUUUGGCGGGUCUUAACAUUGGUGUUUUAGUGAACAACGUCGGGAUGUCUUACGAGUAUCCUGAGUACUUUCUGGAGAUUCCCGAACUGGACCGUACCAUCAAGAACCUGAUAAAUAUUAAUAUUCUUUCUGUUUGUAAGAUGACACAGUUGGUGCUGCCUGGCAUGGUAGAAAGAUCGAAGGGCGUGAUUCUGAACAUUUCCUCUGCCAGUGGCAUGUACCCCGUCCCAAUGCUGACCAUCUACUCUGCAACCAAGGCUUUCGUCGAUUUCUUCUCUCAGUGCCUCCAUGAAGAGUAUAAGAACAAGGGUAUCUAUGUGCAGAGCGUCCUGCCUUUCUAUGUGGCCACAAAACUAGCGAAAAUCCGAAAACCCACUUUGGAUAAGCCUUCUUCCGGGACGUACGUGAAGUCUGCGAUGAAGACGGUGGGCCUGCAGUCCCGGACCAACGGCUACCCGAUCCACUCCCUCAUGGGGGCCCUGAUAUCCGUGCUGCCUUCCUGGCUGUACUUCAAGAUCACCAUGGACCUGAACAAGUCCGUGAAAGCCCGCUACCUGAAGAGAAACAAGAAGAACUGAGCUGCCACCGCAGCACAGAGGCACGUGACCGGAUGCUUCUGCCGGUCCCUGUCCCCCCCUCCUACCCCCACCCCCACCCCCACCCCACCACCCACCCCAGUCUCCAUCCCUCCAUCACGCAUUUUCAUAGUUACUAAUAGGGCUGAACGUUACCAUGGCCAGUAGGAAAAUAGGGGUGCCUGUCAGGUGCUUCCCACACGUGCUCCGGGGGUCCUUUGAGGUUUCGCUUCCAGGCUGAGAGCAGCGUGGCUCUAAGAGCUUGGUGGGGAGCAGGCACAGCUGGGCAGAAGGGGAGAAGCGGGGGGCGUCUCGCUCACCAUCAGAGGGAAGGGGCCCGACGCAGGGAUGAACCGUUCCGGCUGCCCCGAGUGCCUAAAGGGGCAUCCUCUCUAGGCAAACUGAACGAAGUGACAUCCGGCCACUCUUCCUUCGGGACCCCUCGCGGGGCUCGAUUCUCCCGGGUCGGGGUAAGCUGCAGUUUGCCAGCUCCCCGCCGGGGUUUCUGUGCCUGCGUCCCGGCUUGUCCAUCUAGAGACGGCUCCUUCUCCGUGGGAGCCAGGGAGGUAAAAAUGGUCUCUGAAAUGUAGGGCGGGUUUUCACUCACCCGGUAAAACAGGCUUUUCGUCAUACGUGUUUUUCUUCCACUUAAAUGUGUGUGAGUCGGGCUGGAGCAGUACUCCAGGGCCAGGGCGCUUGCCUUGCAGACCCCGGCUUCGAUCUCCUGGACCCCCUACUCGGGCCUCCCCGCCUGCCAGGAGGGCGGGUUCUCCCCGGCUGCAGAGCCAGGAGGAGGAAGUCCUAAGCGCCGCUGGGCGCAACCCAAAACCAAAUAAAGAAAGAAAUGUCUACCGCUUUAGAAAGCCUCAGUGGUGUGAUUGCUGAAGGUGAGAUGGACCGACUCUGCCUUGAGCCAGGUGGCCACGCGUGGUCCCAUGAACAGCCGGAGCCAGAGAAGCCGCCCGUGUAGCCCCCUCUCGCUUCACCCCACGCCAGCGGCCAGGACGGCAUCGAGGAGGCAGAGCCCACCCCAGCCUGCACCCUCUGCACCCCUCUGGCAUUUGUUUUGAGAAAACAUCCUCUAGCCACGAUGUCGAUUGAAAAUAUAAUUCCUUGGUGCUUGAAAUUAAAGCCAUUUUUUAAAUUUUUUAUACUGGUUUAAGACUUUUUUUUUUUUUUUAAUCCUGCAGCGUAGUUUGGGGGAAGUUUCUGAGAGAGAGAACCACACGAGGCUGUGUGGUUCCCAGGCUCUGAGUUUUCAAAACAGCCAGUUGGGGCCCCCACUCCCCACUCCCCCCCAGUUGAUUCCAUGCUUCUAGCUUUUAAUUCGUCCGCUUAAAGACAAAAUAAAACUGGAAACACUGAGGUGUGAUCACCUGCUCUUAACAGAAUCACAUAAAAGAAAUUCAGCACCCCCAAAGCAGGAAGAACAUAAUUCAGUAUAAAGAAAGAAUGGUCACAUCAGUUUAAUAAAAUGAACUUUAUGAAAACCCAAA